CGUUGAGCCUAUCGUGUCCUGCGAGAGUAAUCCUCGACAAACCGAGAGUGCAUUCACAGCUACAGUGUUACAAAGGUCGAGCCGUAAAAGUAAGAGAAGUUAUUCAGCGAAAUAAACGAGGAUAUCUUCGAUUGGUUACAAAGAUUACCGUAUUCUACCUGUUUACAUACAAAGGAGUUCACACUAGUAUCGACGUACAUUCAUCUCCAGCGCUGAAUCCACGCUAUGAUGCUCUUAUUAUCCUUUCGUAAACUUUGUAUCUUAAAAACAAUGAUACCGAAACAACCCAAAACUAAACCGGGAGACAGGUAAGCGGAAUGAGCAGAAACCUCUGGUAAGAGUUGAGAACACAGCGAACACACCACAACAGAGAGACGGUGCGACUGCUCGUUGUAUCACGGUAAAACCCAGACUGCUUAGCAAAGGACUAACGCUGCAAACUGCUUCGCUAAGGGGCUAAGAGUAAAUCAUGUAGCGGUCAAAUUGCUCGGUUUCUCGGUAUUAUAGAGACACCUUAAUGGCUUAAAUUAUUGGAAACUCACCGGCCUCUGUGAUUUCAUUGAGUAGACCAGUCUCUCUUUUUCGCGUCUAUGAACUCUCCGCCAUCUUCAGCAGGACUGUUUGUUUAAAUGGAAAACACUCCCAAAGCGCAAGAAGCCAGCUUGUGGAGAAGCGAGACGCCUUCUGGGUAUCGUAGUUCCUCUUUCCCCGGCCCCAUGUUAAGAGGAACGUCUCAUUCUGAGACUAAACUACACAAACAGAAAUACCCGUAGGGGAGAGGAGCAGCAGUCAAGGAUAUUAUUGGUGGGAGGGGGGUUCUUAACGCAUCAGUUUAUUUAUAGGCGCUCUCUAUGCGACCAUUCACAUCACAAAAACGUCCCUUCCCCCGCGACACGACCAAGAUGACGCAAAACUGCACACAACCGCCAAGAGAAAACCGGGAUAAUUAAAACAGAAAAUGGCUCACGUUAGUGAACCCACUUACAGAUACAAGAUCGGAUGAUAGAAUACAGAACACAAAGCCCUGAUCCUCUCGUGCCUCUCACAGCGCUUCAGACUGCCGACGUGCUAAACAAUAGCGAGGCAGCCAGGAAGUGCAGUGGCCAAUCAGCUGCCCCCUUACAUUUCCCUUUGCAACAGUGGCCACUCCUGGCAGGCCUUUUAUGAGUGCAGUAGAUCAGACAGCUCUGAGAGCCGAGGCUGUGCUCUGAGCAGGGUGAGGGCUGACAAGGCUGUCCUCCAUGUUUAAAUAAGCAUUGAUAUAUCACACAGAGUUUGUUAGCCAUGCAUCCACAGAGUGUGUCUGAGGAGGAGGAGGAGGGGAAGAAUGAGACAGACACUGUAGAGGGAAUGGAGAUCUCAACACGAUCCAAAGCAGUUUCAGACGUGGGGUCUGGGCUGGAGCGGGUUGCCCAGAAACGCAAGGUGCCAAGCCCCUCCCAGUCGUCCAAUGGCCACUCGUCGGCGGAGACGACCCCGAGUCCCUCCAAGAAGAAGAGGAAACCCGGGCCGUUGGGCGGGAACAAAGACCAGUCAGAGCUGAGACACGGCCCCUUCUAUUACGCCAAGCAGCCGGCGCUCAACACGGACCCCGUGGACACGGCCCCGCAGGACGGCAGGAACGACUUCUACUGCUGGCUGUGCCACCGCGAGGGCCAGGUGCUCUGCUGCGAGCUCUGCCCCCGGGUGUACCACGCCAAGUGCCUCAAACUGCCCGCCGAGCCCGAGGGAGACUGGUUCUGUCCCGAGUGUGAGAAAAUAACAGUUGCAGAGUGUAUAGAGACCCAGAGCAAAGCCAUGACGAUGCUCACCAUAGACCAGCUAUCGUUCCUGCUAAAGUUUGCCCUGCAGAAGAUGAAGCAGCCAGGUGUAAGUACCCUCCUCAGCUCCCCUGGGGAGACGGACAGCCAUGGGUUGAGCCGACACUCUCAGGCUACUCGCGCUUUGUAUUUAAUUUUUGCUGUCCCGAUUGUCCAUCGAAAGUUACCGCAUUAAUGGUCUGUGGCUUGUCAUGUGGACAAGCGAUUCUGAGUACGCUUUCGCAAACACACAUCCAAGGGUGUCAUGUGUUUUUAGUUUUUGGGUUUUGCUGUCCUGUAUUUCUUUUGUGCAUGUUAUAUUGGAACAUUGAUUUGCAUGUAGGCUAUAAUAAACCUUUGAUAACACCACUUAACCAACCACCACUAUGGCCUCCCUGUAAACACGUCGCUAUAAGCUGCGAUGCAACAGACAAGGUGUUGGUUGGUGGUGGUAUACAGCUGCC